AUGUCUGACGAACUUGAUGACAACGAUCGGAGGUUUUUAGAGUGUGCAUUUAAUCUGGCACAAGAAGCUCUCGAUGGAGAUGAAGUUCCAGUAGGAUGCGUUUUUGUUGUCGAUGGAAAAGAAAUAGGAAAAGGCAGGAAUCGAGUGAAUGAAACGGGCGAUCCGACAAGACAUGCUGAAAUGGUGGCUGUGACAGAAAUGUGGAAAAAAUAUGGGGAAGAAUGCAAAGAUUUUCUCAGAAGAGCAGUUCUCUACGUUUCAUUAGAACCUUGUAUUAUGUGCUCUUCUGCAAUGUAUCAACUGGGAAUUCGAAAAAUGGUGUACGGUGCAGAGAAUCCCCGAUUCGGUGGUGUAAGAAGCGUCGGAAAUGCUGAAAAGUAUAGAAUGGAAGAUAAUAUUCAAAUUGUGUCUAACAUGUCUCUAUCAAGGUUAUGGGGAGCCGCAAGGAGUUGUUGUUCUGUCAUAUCUGUAUCGAUAUCCCCGUUUUCGACAUUAGCCGCUCUGCAAAGAAAAACGAGCGUUGUCCAUGUACAGAUUGUACGACAGUUCUCGAAGAAACCAAAUCGUAAAAUCGAAUCAGCAGACACGAAAAACUAUACUUACUAUGUUAUGAGUCUAGUUAUUGUUGCAAUCGGAUGUACAUUCGCUGCUAUUCCGGCAUAUCGCAUUUUUUGCGAGCAAACAUCUUUUGGAGGUUUAACACAGGUAGCAAAAGAUUUUGAUAAGAUUGCCAAUAUGAAAAAAUGUGAAGACCGACUCAUCAGAGUACAGUUCAAUUCAGAUGUUCCUUCAAGUAUGCGAUGGGAGUUCAAACCGCAGCAACACGAGAUUUAUGUUCACCCAGGAGAGACUGCACUCGCAUUCUAUACCGCUCGAAAUCCAACAAACAAACCUAUUAUCGGAAUUUCCAGCUAUAAUUUGACACCGUUUCAAGCUGCAUACUAUUUCAAUAAGAUUCAAUGCUUCUGCUUCGAAGAACAAAUUCUAAACCCUGGCGAACAAGUCGAUCUCCCCGUCUUUUUCUACAUUGAUCCUGAUUAUGUCAAUGAUCCGGCGUUAGAGUAUCUCGAUUCAAUUCUGCUCAGUUACACAUUUUUUGAGGCAAAAUCAGGUCUAAAACUACCUGACCCAUUCGAUCCGAAAAAUCGUCCAUCUAUUGCUCCAUCUCCGGAUAAGGUGCCUGAAGCUACAAAAUAA